AUGGUCUUCACAUCAGGAGUGCUCCAACCUAUCAAUCCCGAAGAGGACAGCAGGGUCCAGCAUAAAACCGCGGUUCUCAAUGGAAAUACUUAUCAUUACCUGUAUGCGGAGCCUCAGAGUGGGAAGUGGGAGCAUACUGUGUUUUUGAUUCAUGGCUGGCCUGAUCUUUCCAUUGGGUGGAGGUAUCAGAUUCCGCAUCUGGUGGAGUUGGGGUUUAGGGUUGUGGCGCCGGAUAUGAUGGGGUAUGGUGGUACGGAUGCUCCACAAGUACCUCCAAACCCGAUCAAUCUGUACGGUCUCAAGCAAGCAUCAGAUGAUAUCGCCGCGCUGGCAAAAGUUGUUGAGGCGCCUCAAAUUAUCCUAGGUGGCCAUGACUGGGGAGGUUUCGUCGUCUGGCGCGCCGCUCAAUGGCACCCCAACCUAGUCUCGCACGUCUUUUCCGUGUGCACGCCCUACGCGCCGCCCCGCGAGCAAUUCGCAUCGAUUGAGGACCUCGUCAAAGGCCCCUUGCCACAGUUCGGGUACCAGAUCCACCUUGCUUCGGGCGAGGUGGAGAAGAUCGUUAAGAACGAGACGACCAUCAGGCAGUUCCUCCAAGGCAUGUACGGUGGCAAAGGGCCAAAUGACGAACCAGUAUUCGUGCCAGAGAAGGGUGUGGUGGCCGAGAACUUGGGCUUGGUUGGUGAAAGUCGAAUCCUGAACGGAAAGGAACUCGACUUUUACGUCAAGCAGUACCUCAGGCAUGGCAUUCAUCCUACACUCAACUGGUACCGUACGCGCCGUAUAAACUUUGAAGAAGACAAAGGCUUGCUCGGCAAGGAAAAGGUCAUGCAGCCCGUCCUCUUCAUCCAGGCCACGUAUGACUCAGUUCUCAAGCCAGAAAUGUCGAAGAGCAUGGACGAGUUCGUCCCCAAUUUGACUAGGGGAGAGGUUGAAGCUUCGCAUUUUGCAUUGACGCAGAAGCCGGUCGAGGUCAACGGUAUCAUCCAGAAAUGGCUGGAGACGCAGGGAUUGUUGGGAAGGAAGGGAAAGAGCAGUUUAUAG